UUGUGUUUCUUAUUACUUCUUAGCAGAUGUUUUUUUUAUCUUUGGUUCGCUUAUUAGGUUGAAGAUUUGUCAAGGGAACCUCAAGUAGAACGAGAGCUGAUGUUAGUAAAACUCAAAGUGGAACCUGAAAGGCGUCAAGAGGUUAUGGGUUUGGUAGAUAUCUUCAGAGCAAAAGUGGUUGAUGUUUCAGAACAUUCAUUAACCAUCGAGGUGGCUGGUGAUCCUGGGAAAAUGGUUGCGGUCCUUCGGAAUUUGAGGAAGUUUGGAAUAAGAGAAAUUGCUAGGACAGGCAAGAUUGCUUUGAGACGUGAAAAGAUGGGAGAGAAUGCCCCAUUUUGGAGGUUUUCUGCGGCAUCUUACCCAGAUCUUGAGGGGAUGAUACCAUCAAGACCUUUUCUUGCAUCAAGGAAGCAAACUUUCAAUGUUGAUACAGAUCUUUCCUCUAGGGGAGACGUCUAUCCGGUGGAGCCCUUUGAUAACUUGCAAGUAAAUCAAGUUCUUGAUGCACACUGGGGAGUUCUUGAUGAUGAAGAUUCAAGUGGUUUUUGUUCCCAUACUUUGUCCAUUCUAGUGAAUAAUUAUCCCGGUGUUCUCAACAUUGUGACUGGUAUCUUCUCUCGCAGGGGUUACAAUAUUCAGAGUCUUGCUGUUGGUCCAGCUGAGAAAGAAGGGACAUCUCGAAUCACUACUGUUGUACCUGGAACUGAUGAAUCCAUCAGCAAGUUGGUUCAACAGCUCUACAAGCUCGUAGAUGUUUAUGAAGUUCAGGAUAUCACUCAUUUACCAUUUGCUGAAAGAGAACUGAUGUUGAUAAAGGUUUCUGUUAAUUCCACUGCACGGAGGGACAUCCUUGACAUUGCUGACAUUUUCCGUGCAAAAGCAGUUGAUGUAUCUGACCAUACAAUCACGCUCCAGAUUAGUGGAGAUUUUGACAAGAUGGUAGCAUUGCAGAGAUUAUUGGAGCCCUAUGGUAUUUGUGAGGUGGCAAGAACUGGCCGGGUUGCUUUAGUACGCGAAUCUGGAGUGGAUUCCAAGUAUCUUCGUGGCUUCUCUCUUGCGUUAUAGUAAAAGUUGUCAAUGUUAGAAAACAAAAAAGUGAAUGUCAUAAACUAUUUUAAAAUGGAGGAUAUUUAUGUAACUUUUUUUUUGACAACUUCUUACCAAACUUUAUUUCUAUUAGAAUUGAUAGGCUGCAAGCUUUCACCCCCUGCUAACAAAUUGGAUGAGAAAAUCUUAAAUUUAAUUAGGAGGUGUUUUAAAA